AUGGAUGCCAACAUCCAGCGGGCCCUCAACGAUAAGCUCUACGACAAACGCAAGAUUGGAGCUCUUGAGCUUGAACGUGUUAUUCGAGAUCUCGUUAGCGUUAAGGACUAUCAACGCGUUCAUGAUAUUCUCGAGCAGCUAUGUAAUGAGUAUGCCUACGCUGUGCACCAGCCUCAUGCAAGAAAUGGCGGUUUAAUAGGCCUGGCUGCCGCCGCUAUUGCUCUCGGCUCAGAACUACCUAGAUACCUCGCCAAGAUCGUUCCUCCUGUCCUAGCAUGCUUUACCGAUCAAGAUGCCAGAGUCAGAUACUAUGCUUGCGAAGCCAUGUACAACAUAGCAAAGGUUGCAAAAGGAGAGAUUCUGGUGUAUUUUAAUAGCAUCUUCGAUCAGCUUUGCAAGCUUGGUGCGGACUCAGAGCUAUCAGUAAAAAACGGAGCAGAACUUCUAGAUCGGCUUGUCAAAGACAUAGUGUCCGAGUCUGCUGCUUCAUAUGUGUCCAUCCUGGAAGCACCGCCCGAGUUUGACGGCGAUGACAAAGUCUCGUUUGGGGAAAACUCCCACUUACCUACCGCAUUCUCUCUUCCUCGAUUCAUUCCCCUACUGAAGGAGCGUAUAUGGGUUAUUAACCCAUUUACUCGUCAGUUUCUUGUUGGUUGGAUCACUUUGCUCGACUCAAUACCUGAUCUGGAGCUCGUCACAUAUCUACCGGACUUUCUUGGGGGCCUUCUCAAGUUUUUGUCAGAUCAGAAUUCCGAUGUGCGUGUCGCUACGCAGAACUGCCUGGAUAAAUUCCUGAAUGAAAUCAAACGCAUUGCUCGCAUCAAAAAGGGAAUCUUAGAAAGCAAGCGAUCCAAGGAGGGCACUAAACGGAAACGACAAGACUCCAUCGACAGCGAAUCCAUAAACCCAGAUUUCGAAGAAGGGGAUGAACUCGACUCCGACGCUGCAUUGGAUGAUGACGACGACAGUAGCGGAGAAGAUUGGAUUCCUGGGCAGGAUGUUGAGAUCAACUACAAGGAAAUCCUCCAAAUUUUGACGGCGACGUUGGAUUCACCACUGGAGGAGGAUUGUCUUCUCGAGUCCCUGCGAUGGGUUGUAGAGUUUCUUGAUAUUUGUCCCGAAGAGGUUCUACCAUUCACUCCCAAGAUUCUUGCCCAUAUGCUACCAGCUAUGGCUAGCACCAAGGAAACUAUCCAUCAGGCAGCGACUCGAGUUAAUACUUGUCUAAUGGACUAUGUUGUUUCACUGUCCGAUGACUCUGAGCUGACACAGCCGCCACCCGCACAACCGCCCCAAAACUUCUCGACUUCUCGAUUGUCUGUACCUGGGGAGAAGGGGUCUGAUGGCGUAAACAGCAAUCGCGUAUCUUUAUCGAGCUCCAAAGACUUGGAAUUCCGUAGUCCUACGCCUGCGCAAGGUCGCUCGAUAUCUACCCCGGUUGAUAUCAACAUCACUCAAACGCAAGCCGACCUGGACUAUGCCGCAGCUGUCAAUUCUCUCACUCUCCUCUUCCUCAACGAUCAUGAAGCUACCCGGGUGGCAGCCCUGACGUGGCUUAUUAUGUUGCACAGGAAAGCUCCUCGAAAGGUACUUGCUUUUAAUGACGGCACGUUUCCGGCGCUUUUGAAGACAUUGUCAGAUCCAUCCGAUGCUGUUGUAACCAAAGACUUGCAACUCCUUUCGCAAAUUUCUCGGAACACGGAAGAUGACUACUUCGCCAAUUUUAUGGUAAAUCUGUUGCAGCUCUUCUCAACAGACAGAAAGUUACUCGAGACUCGAGGCAAUCUCAUCAUCCGACAGCUUUGCUUGAGUUUAAGCCCCGAGAGGAUCUACAGGACGUUGGCCGAUUGUAUCGAGAAGGAGGAGGAUGUUGAAUUCGCCAGCAUAAUGGUACAGAAUCUUAACAACAACCUCAUCACUGCCCCUCAACUGGCCGACGUUCGCAAGAGGCUACGAAAUCUUGAAACCAGGGAUGGUCAAACACUGUUUGUGGCUCUGUUCCGAUCAUGGUGCUAUAACGCUGUGGCUACGUUCUCGCUUUGCCUGCUGGCUCAAGCUUAUGAGCAAGCAUAUAACUUGCUACAAAUUUUCGGCGAGUUGGACAUGACAGUCAACAUGCUCAUCCAGGUCGAUAAGCUAGUACAGUUGAUUGAGUCACCCGUCUUUACAUAUCUACGCCUACAGUUGUUAGAGCCCGAGAAGUAUCCGUACCUUUACAAAUGCAUGUACGGUAUUCUGAUGCUUCUGCCGCAAUCUUCGGCGUUUGCUGCACUCAAGAAUCGACUCAACAGUGUCAGCUCUAUAGGAUAUCUACAUACAGCACCUCGAGCUGCUCCAGCACCUACGAGUAGCUCCAAUUUCGACAGGCCAAAUCGACUCAAAAGCAGGGAAGAAGGAAACAUACGUUGGGUUGAACUUCUGGAGAAAUUCAGAAGUGUCCAGGAACGAGCGCGGCGCGCGCAGCGUCAAAACAACAUGGAUGGCGACGAUAUGCUACCAAUGGGAGUCAGUGAGCUUCGCAUCGGCGACGGAGCUGUAGACAUCAAGGGCAAGGAGACGCGCGGUGUUGGCCUACAGUCGAUUCCCCAGAAGGAACCGACACCUGCCCCUCCAGUUCCAGCGAAGAGGACAGGGUUGGGCAGACAGUUUGGAAGAUUGGGCGGCGCAGUGGCAGGUAAAGGCCGACGCAAUCAAUAG